GGCGAGCACUGUCCAGAGUUCUUGUUAAGUCCUCGUGUGAGUAUUCAUGAGGUAUAAAACUGCCUUCAUGCUACGUAAUUGGAAUGUUGUAUAAAAAUUUCCCUAUAAAAUCAGUCAGUCUAGUGGGGCGAUACCUCAGCGCGCCAUCGAUCCGGGUUUAAACCUCCCUCCCGCACGUGGUCAUCCCGCCCGCCGCCAGAUGGCCUCAGCGUACAGUAAACAACGCCAUCUUCCUCAAGGCCCCUUAUUUUAAGUGCAUAUUACGGUGUUAUUUCUGCCUAAUUUGUUCAUCUGACGUGCUUUCCUUGACCUACGAGUGUUUGACCACCCAGGGACGCGCUGUGGACAGAGGUAAACCAUUGGGAACGUGUGUAAAUCAGCCAGGAGGAGGCCGUUGCCAAGCAGCUGCCGCCCCACACACCUGCUCCCGUAGCAGUGUUCAAGGCAUUUAGUGAAUUUAACGUAACUUUAGCACUGAAUUCUGUACUGCUUGACAUUCCCGGACGCUCUGUGGUACCUCACGCUGGUGGUGGAGUGGGUGUCUUGGAUGAGUGCCGGGCUGGAGUGGCGGAUCGUGGUGUGUGUGUUGGCGGCGGCGAUCGGCAUGAGUGAGGCGCGCGGCGGGCCAUACUUAAGGUCGAAUUUAGCGCGCGCCAUGUACAACCGAAUGCUGGCCGAUGAACGCCUGCGCAAUAUGAACAUGUCCAAGAUGUACGAGGUGGACGAGCUGGCUUUGACUGACGAGGUGAGGAGCAAGUUCCUGCCUCUCUUCAUGGACGAGGACACGCACCAAUUUCUCAACAACUGCUUCGAACAGUCCGAGUGGCUGGUGACGCAGGUGUGGCACAGCAUCGCCAAGGCUUUCCUCGGCCUCUUUAUGACGCAGACUUCUAUUAACGGGAAAGAAAGAUCUGCAACGGAGCAUCGAGACUUACGGAACCUCAAGGAAGGGAUGUGAGUGUUGGUGGGUGAGCAGUGAGGAGCGAGGUGGUGUGUGGAGGCUGCCUGCUUCUGUCUGGUGGAGGAGGGAUUGUAUUGCAGUUCAGUGGUGCUUCCCGGAUCUGCCGGAAGCUUUUGGACACUAACUACGUGAUGAAAGAGUCACUGGUGCGGAAUCUUGUUGCCUCACUGAUGAGAUAGAGUCGACAGAUAAAAAAAAAUAAAUAAAAAAAAUAAAUAAAAA